CGAGUGCUGGGGCCAUUUCCUGUUAGCAAAGGGACUCUACAAGCCGACAUAUGCGCAAGGCAGACUUCUACACAGCCCCUCAGCCAGGCCAAGCUACGGAAUAAAGACCACCUGAUAUCUUUCUGGAAUCCCAGGGGAAUGUGAUGGCAGUCUUCAGGACAGUGACCCUGCUGUGCCUGGCCUUACUGCUCUCCUCCACAGAGGCCAUGAGUUUGAGUGACCCCGUCACCUGCUACGUCCUGGAUGCAGUUCUGCUGCUUUACUGCAUCAUUUUCACGGCGCUCUACUUCAGGAUAAAAUUUUCAAGGCUACAGUCUGAUAACUCCACACCAGCCGAGCCUCUCUAUGAGGGUCUGAAAACUGAUCAAAUUGCAGAUGACUAUCAAACACUGGAGCCUCAACGUAGCCAGGCUGGUGGGCCUGUUAGACGGAAUCGAGCGCAGCAGGAGGAAAGCCAGUAUGAGCCACUGAGAUCACCAACGAAUGACGAAUACCAAGAGAUCAAAGCAAAAAGCAAGCCUCGCAAAAGUAAGAGCAAAACCAAAGAGUCUGGAGCUGAGAGCAGGAAGGAUGCAGCCGAGGCCAUCGAGAUGGAUCCCAUUCCUCCUUUACCAUCACGGGCCUAAGCCAAUACACACAGCGUCAAUCCAACGCAACCUUUUUCACACAUUUCAACCAUUGGAAAAAGUCAAAUAGGAUACCAGGCAAUGUUGGUGAAGGUUUAUCUGUAAUGUCAUGUAUCCUGUUAACAUAAUCGCUUCAUCAAGCAGUCAUCCAGAAUAUGCAAUUCUAGCUUUCUCAAAAAGUGUAUGAAUAUUCGAUAUUGUAAGAAUAUGUAAGAGUGUGAAUUAAAAUUUAAAACCGCUCAGCUGAGUUUUGGUCCAGCAGAUGGUGCUGUAGUUCAGAGACAAGGGCUCUCAUGCAUUUUCUUAAAAUAUCAGCUAAAAGGGAAUUCUUGCAUGUUGAGUAUAUGAAGGCAUGAAGUAAUUGUUGACCAUACUUUUAUACAUAAUUCUGUAAAGGUUAGGAUAUUUUUGCCUGUUUUCUUUUUAAUGUAAAUAUAAAAUAGACUAUUUUUCAUUUGCAUUGUGAGUUAGCUGCAUUAACUCAUUUUAGACAUGCUAGGCUUGUUCUCAAAGUUACGUGUAGUUGUAUACGGUCAGCUCAAGGGGCUUAUAUAUAUAUAUAUAUAUAUAUAUAUAUAUAUAUAUAUAUAUAUAUAUAUAUUUGGGAUGAUAUAGAUGGGAUGGUGAAAGAACAAUUUUUUGUGUGGAUUUAGAUGUAUGUUUUGAUGGAUUGUCUUGCUAGGAGAUCCAACCACAACCCACAGUUGUAGCUUUUUGGCAGAAGCAACCAGAUUUCUAUUUAAUGGAUGGAUUUAAUGUCAUGUUGAAAAUUUGUGUUCAUCCACUUCUGUUCUCACGUCAGAUUCUUCUGGCACGACUUCCAGAUAGAUUGUUGGUAUAUAGGUGGCGUGCAGGCUUGGUGACCCCAGAAUGCUUCCACUUUCUGCAAAUCUCCAACUUGGAGAAAUGUUUUGCCUCUCUAAUCAUCCUCCAUGCUGUGCUUUUGGAUAAAAUAAACCUGCGUUCAGGCAGGUUCACUAACAGUGAAUUUGGUCAUUGCUUGAUUUACAAAUGACUACAAACUUUUGUAUCAUUUGUUCUCUAAUCUUCCCCAUGUUGAUGAAUGAUGAAGGGAAUUUGGCCAUUUUGUCACCUCAUAUUUAGACCCCAAUGAAACAGAAAGUCAUGGAUAACUACUUAAGAGAUAAUGAACACUCAAGUGUACUUAAAAAAAGAGUGAAAUUCUUCAGUUAUUUCUCAUAAGCAUUAUAGGGGUGCCAAUUCAAUUAAAGGGUACAAAUCAUAUUUCCAGUGAGGUUGAGCUAAUUAAUCACAAAAGCAUUUUUUCGUGAUCUUUUUUUACCCAUCUUUACUAACUUUACAAAAGGUACCAGUAAUUAUGGAGUUGACUGUACAUAUAUACAGUGCCUUGCAAAUGUUUUUAAGCCCCUUAAAAGUUAUCAUAUUUAUCUGGGCUGUAAAACACACUUAGACAGAUUGUUCCAGUCAGUAUUUAUGUUGCAAACCAAGAUGCUCUUAGUAAGUAAAUUUUCUAAAAAAAACUUAAACUUGGUGCUUCCACAGCACAGGGAUUGAAUACUUAUGCAAAUGUAAUUUUUCAGUCAGUAAUUUUUGUCAUGUAAUAUUUUCUUACACGAAACCAAAAUCAAUGAAUUUUGAAGGUCAGUCUUCUAUGACAGCACAAAAUAUCAGUCAUUUGUAAUCCAGAUGAAUAGGAUGACUUUUGAGGGAAAAUAAUACUUUUGCAAGGUGCUCACUGAGCACUUUAUUGGAAACACCUCCUUGUGUCUACACUCAUUGUCCAUUUUAUCAGCUCUACUUACCAU